AUAUCUGCAGCAAAAGGUGCACCUGUAAGUUGCAUUUUGCAACAAUAGAAGAAUUCAGUAAAUUUAUUGCCAAGUUUUCUUUUCUCCUUCCGUUCCUCCCCCAUGUCUUGACAACAGGAAUGUCUCUGAGAUAAGUGCUCUGUCACACAUAGGACCAUUUUUUCAUUUUGCCCAGUGCCCUGAAAUCUCUCAGAACAACAGGAUGUGGAUGUUUCUGGUCCCUGGCAAGGAGUGGAGAUCAUGUUUGCUCUUUUUCUUUUUUCUACAUUAGACACAGAUUCUGAGACACCAGUCUAUUUCUAAUCAUCUUUUGUAACCUUGUAGUUGUCGAAAUUAUCAUUUUAAGUUUCUUCAGUCUUAUGUAAUUGGACCAUUUGUGACCACUGUAGUCUAAUCAAGCCUCUUCAAUGUCUCAAUUCUGCCCAUAAUUCCCAUCUUCCACAUUCACUGUCUUUAUCUAUAUCAAUUCUUUGCUUGCUGUAUAAAUGGACCUGGAUCAUGGAUAUAUGUUCUUCCAACAACACCACAAUGGAAACCAUAUAGGAGCUGGCUGGGGAUGGAUAUAAAUAGAAUUUAUCUUCUGAUUAUACUCGUUCUGAGCCCUGACAUGAGCAGGAUGACGUCAAGAAUAUUGUGUGACCAGCGGAUCAUACUUGUCUAUGUGAACCGCACCAAGACUAUGGAAGGCAUGGUGGCUCAGUGCACAGAACAAACCACAUUACUAGUUCCAAUUACUCUUCCAAGUGUUGAAGUCAGAAUUACAGAAUGGCAGAAUAUGACGGCAGCUCAACAGGGGACUAAGGUCGUCUCACACCUGAAACAUAUUCUGAAUGUCACACAAAAUUUGAAUACUACAGAGUGUUUUUCCAAACAGCUAAAGAAACUUAGGCAUAGUGUAAGAGAAAUUCAAGGCCUUGUACAUAAAGCAUGGAGGUAUGCAAACAACAACACUCAUCUUAACCCUGAAGCAAACAAUGGUUCGCACCAUUUGGCAAUCAGCAACUCUUCUGACAUCACGGACAUCUUUCAAAGGUUUUCCAAACUUCUUCAGGGUAAAGUGACCUUUCUUAUGCAGACCCUAAGAAAAGGCAACUGCAGAGGAUUCCUAGCGAACCAUUUAUAACACUGGUACCUGGAUAUACCUACGAAAUCUGCAGACUGGAACUAGCAUAAGGACACAAUUGCAUCUGCUCAUGACUAUUCUUACUUACACCAUCAACUGCAACUGUUGACUGAAUCCAGCCACGCAGUUCAACCUCAAGCUAGUAAUAUUGUCUUCAAGGAACCUUAAAUUACCGUAUUCAUCGGCGUAUAACAUGCACCCUAACUUUA